AUGGAUCAUAGUCAGCGAUUUGUGCUGAUGCCACAUCACUUGCAAGUUAUAUGUUGCCGUUGUGAUACAUAUGUAUUUCCACGAAAAGAUCAAUGUUAUUCAUUUGUAUCUCAUCGUCCAGAUCGUAAAGAAGAAAUCAAAAAAACUCACAUGUACCAGCGAAUGAGCAAAUAUUUUACAGUUUUGUUUCAUGAGCGCAUCACUACGAAACAAGAACGCGCCGCUAGAAAGAAACAAGGCAAACAAGACGAAGAAGUGGCUAUUAAAGAAAAAGAAAAAGGUGUUGAUGUAGAUAUAGGUAUUCAAAUAACUCAUACUAUUCGAACUGCUAAAGAAAAGAACGAACAUAUUCGCAUUGUUUUAGUGUCAGGAGAUGCGGAUUUUAAGCCUGUCAUUCAGUAUGCUAUUGAUAGUGGUGUCCCGAUAGAAGUCUGGAGUUGGGAAGGAAGUAUUUCGGUAGUUUACACAGCAUUUCUAAAGAAAAAAGAAAGAGAAAUUGGAGAAGACAUAAUUUUUUAUUUGGAUUAUUACCUUUAUCAGAUUGGUUUUGUAACAGGUGUUAUGCAUAAAUGGUCAGUGAAAUUUUAUAAAUUUUUUCGACCACCUCCUUAUGAAAGUACGAAAGCAGAGCGCGAAACCGUAGACACAUUAUUUGCCAGUUUUAGCCAUUAUACCAUAGCUGCACGUCUUCAACUGAAGGAUUCUGAACCUGACUUUACAACAUCAGAUUUUGUUAUCCAUUGGAGUGCACGUUCGUUUACAAUUUCUUUUGCUCGCGAAUAUUUGCGAGAAAGGUUUGAAAAGUUUUUACAGGAAACACCUAACGAUGGCUUGGUAAAAAAAUUAAAUUCAUUACAUCGUAUAAAAAGAGAAUAUGUAAAGCAGUGUAGAAAACCUGAGGAAGAUGUUAGAGAAACACCUGCAUUUGCUACUAAAAAAUCUAAGUAUGCUGUGCUAGAGGCAAGUACUGAAGACGAGAGCGACAGUGACGAAGAGGACUGUUUUGAAGACGGAGAAGACGAAACAGAACGAGCUAUCAAACAUGAUCAUAAUGAUAAUGAUAACGUAAAUUUUAGAAAUUAG